CCACGUGUGCCACUUUCCAUAGGGGGCUGGGGGCGUGUCCUAAGCAGCUUUUUAUAUGUUCUACUGCAUAUUUAUAGUUUAGUGAUCAUAAUAAAACAUCUGAUGGUGUAUUUAUGCUCUAACUGUUUAGUGUAAAACGAGUUUGCUUCACUUCUGAGCUCCGCGGACUUCCAGCACCAGCAAUCACCUCGCUUCAAACCCGGAAGCGUCGUUCUGUUGCCAUAGCAACCACACAACUAACCGGGUACUGGUUUUCUCAGGCAGCCUGAUCCUUCACAUCUGAUGGACCGAACCAGAACCAGAACCCGGUACUUCACCCCCUCAGAGGUGGCUGCGCACAACACCACAUCCGACCUGUGGGUCUCGUUCCUGGGUAAAGUGUUUGACCUGAGUCCGCUGGUGGCCUGCUUCCAGGGAGACCCUCUGCUGCUCCCCAUCACAGAGUGUGCAGGAAGUGACAUCAGCAGCUGGUUUGACCCCCGGACCAGAGACAUCCGGAGGUUUGUGGACCCUCAGACCAACUGUAUCAGGUACUACACCCCCAGGGGUCGCUUCAUCCACACCCCCCCUAGUGGGCCCCGCUCCGACUGGGACAACGACGUGGGCGAGCCCUGGUGGAGGAACCUCCAGUACCAGGUGGGGCUGCUGUCAGAGAAGACCAGGUGGAUCCGGAUUGUCAACACUCUGACCUCACAGGAACAGCUGCAGGAGGUGUGCUCAGAGGAGACCAUGGAGGAGAUCCUACAGCGUUACCUGUGCUACAACUCUCACGCUCGCAGCUACACCUGGAAGUUUGAUGGAGCGAUCCUGGACAUGAGUGCGACGCUGAUGGAGAACGGUGUUCCAGACGAUGACCAGGAGCUGGAUCAGCUGGGACUGGACCGAGACACCUUCAUCCCUGCUGUCCUCCUGCACUUCAAUGACGACCUGACAGAGGGAUGAUGUCAUCACAGCUCUGAGCUCAUCGGGCUGUCCUUAUGAACCAGACUGAAUCAUUAAACCUGUCUGAUGGAAGAAAAUGGGUCAUGUGAUCAUUCCCCCCCGCCCACUAGCUUUGGUUAGAUGUUUGUGUUUCCAUGAUCCACCUAAGGUGGUUCUGACAUUGAGUAGAUCUGCUCCAGAACCCCUGAUGGACUCCAG